AGUCACGUGACAGCAAUCGUCAAAAUAGCAACAAUAAACUGUCAUGGCGGCGGUCAGUAACUCCCAGAUAUGAUAUGACAAAAGAAACAGACACAGGACAGAACAUGGAGUUUUCUGUCCCCAGAUAGAUACUCAUGGAUCUUGACAAUAUACAUUGGAUUUUAUCUCAUUAUAACAAGGAUUUAUAGUUUAUUGAUAUAUAUUUUACAAGAAAAUGAAUCGAUACCAGAUAAUAAAACAGUUGGGGGAUGGGACCUAUGGAAGUGUGUUGCUGGCCAACAGUGCUGAGACAGGAGAAAAAGUGGCAAUCAAAAAAAUGAAGAAAAAAUAUUACUCAUGGGAUGAAUGUCUGAAUUUAAGAGAAGUUAAGUCCUUACGGAAACUGAACCAUGCCAACAUAGUGAGGCUGAAGGAAGUCAUUCGAGAAAAUGACCAGUUGUUCUUUGUGUUUGAGUUUAUGAAAGAAAACUUGUACCAGAUGAUGAAAGACAGAGACAAAUUAUUUCCAGAGUCUGUGAUCAGAAAUGUCAUUUACCAAGUUCUUCAGGGAUUGGCUUUCAUGCACAAGCAUGGCUUCUUCCAUAGAGAUUUAAAACCAGAAAAUCUGCUAUGCACAGGCUCAGACUGUGUCAAAAUCGCUGACUUUGGAUUAGCUAGAGAAAUAAGGUCAAGGCCACCCUACACAGACUAUGUGUCAACUCGGUGGUAUCGGGCACCAGAAGUGUUGUUACGGUCCGUCAGCUACAGCUCGCCCAUUGAUAUAUGGGCAGUGGGCUGUAUCAUGGCUGAACUAUACACCCUGAGGCCUUUAUUUCCAGGAAGCUCAGAAAUUGAUGAGAUUUUUAAAAUAUGUUCUGUGCUGGGCACACCAAAGAAGGAAGAGUGGGAUGAGGGAUAUAAACUGGCAGCAGCUAUGAACUUUAGAUGGCCACAGUGUGUUGCCAAUAAUUUAAAGACUCUAAUACCAAACGCUAGUAAUGAAGCUAUCCACUUAAUGAAGGAUAUGCUACUGUGGAAUCCGCAAAAAAGACCUAAUGCCAGUCAGUGUUUACGGUAUCAGUACUUCCAAGUUGGACAGAAUCUAGGAACCACACAGGUUACCAACCGUUCUCAGGUUACAAACAAAAUCGCUAGCCCCGUCAACCCUACCCCCACCAAGGGGCUCCAAGAGGAGAAAUAUUCCUUCAGUCCAAGUAAACCAGUGGAAUCCAAACCAGUUAAUUCCCCUGCCCAGCCCUCAUUUGGGAUAUCUAAGCCUGUAGAAAAUAGUGAACCUUUUGCGGUCUCUGUGAAGAAGAAGCAGCAACCGAGCGGACGUAAACGUUGGGGGGCGGGCCUCUCUGACACGUGGGACGAUUGGGACGACUUUGAUUUCGGUACCUCCCCCAAGAAAAACACCUCUAAAAAUAUUAUCCCUCCUAUUGGUAACAAGCCAAAAUUUGAACCAAAGAAACAGAGUGUGAUGCAUAAAGAAAAUCAUUUUGAUGAUGAAGAUGACUUCUUAUCGAGUAUACUAAAGAAACCCAGUAAGCCGGCCAAUAGAAUUCCUUCAGGGCGGUCCUCUGCCUCCUCAGCCAAGCAACAUUACCUGGGGAAGGCGCGAUACUUGCCAGGUAUAAACCCAAGAAAUAGUGCCAAGAAAGACAGUCCUAACAGUUUAUGGAACACUCCAUCCAAACCCUCUGUGGGGGCUUUGCCCAGCAUGGGGGCUAAAAACACCAACCUGGGGACCUUAGGUGGGGGGCCCAGUAGUUAUGGCAUGAGAAACAAUGCUGACAACUCCAGCUAUGUACCGUCAUUUUUAUCCAAUACCAAAGGUGGUUCAAAUUAUCCUUCCGUGAAUUGGAAGAGAGCUCAGCCAGCACCAUUAUCAAUAAACAACAAGAACUCUGCAGGAUAUCGCCAGCCCCUGGGAGGGAAUACCAAAACACAUGGACGCACCGACUGGGCUUCAAAAUAUUUAAAGUCCUGACUUGUUCCGACAAAGAACUAGAUUCUGAUGCUGGGCCCCCUCCCACUCACAGACACACAGACAAUGUCUGUACUCAUCUCACCCCUCCUCAUUCUGUGAUAAAUUGUUAUUUUUUAUGUAGAUACAAACACUAUUUAACUACUGUUCAAUCAUGACAAGGUGAAUUGUACAAUAUUUAUUGCUCUCUUUGUAUAUACAAAUUUAUCGGAUGUAUAUAGUGCAUACUUGAGCUGAAUUGUAAGAUACGCAUUAGUCAUUUCUAAUGAAAAAAAAUUAUCAUUCAUUUAUUAUAGGACUCCUUGAUUAUGAGUGUUAAUAGUUUGUGUACACAAUGUGCAUUUGAAGGUGCUGCAUGAAACUCCAAAAUUCAGAUACCACUCCAUUUUUAGCUCAACUGAUGAAAAACAAGGGAAGUAAUGCAUUGGCAAAGUGUCCAAGUUCAUCUGUCUGUCUACCUUUUUUUAUCCAUCUUCAUUUAAAUAAAUGAUUGCUCGUUAAACAUUUUUUUUUUUUUGAAUAUCAGUAAACUUUUUAAAAUUUUAUCACAAGUUCAAAUCAGUAGAGCUAUACUAGUUAAGUGUUAUUAGAGACUUCAUUACUGUAUUUUUUUUUAAGAUCUAAUGAUACAUUCCUCUGAUAUUUGAAUUUAUACUCUUUGUUCAACUGUUUUCGAAAUGCCUUAAAAUAUAUAAACACAAAAAUGUUCUCAGCAAUUUAAUAUCCUAUAGGAUUAUAAAGAUAUCUUACUCAAAUGUCUGGUGAUUAACGUGUCUCAAUUUUUUUUCAAGGAAAUGGGUUGAAAGUAGCAUUACCUGUACUUCAAUCACAAGUUCUUGGGGAAAAUUUGUGGAAUGUUUGUCUGACCUAUUGUCCUAAUAGUAUGAUUGCUUAAUUAAUGUGGGUUUCUUAAAAAUACAACUUGUACAUUUUAUUAUGAAAUUGUUUUACAUUAUAUGUUAAAAUUUGAGUGAAAAGGAUAUUUACUACUCAUUUAAAAAUGGUGGCAUUCAUCCAAACGGUAUGUCCAUGUGUCCAAAUAAAACCUUCUUUGAGAGCACAAAGAUUGUAUUGAAGUGUUUACUGUUAUUGAUUUAUAUAAUGUGUUCUUACAAUGUCUCUACUUUAUAAAAGAUUUGGUUGUGAUAAACUUUUAUUAGACCAGAACAAUAUUUUUCUUCUGUUUUGCAUUAGGUAAAAUUUUCUUUUGAAUCCCACCAAAGAGUACACAGAUAAUAACAAACUAAGUGUUCAUGUCAUGAAGUCCCGAAAUGCAGAUGGAAAUUGCAGUUUCACAAUAAUUUUAAACUUUCUUAUUUUUCCCCCAAAAUCAAGAUCCUUAUAGAUAAAUUAAAAUGAAAAAAACAUUGUGCUGGCCUUGUCAACAGAUAUUAAUUUGAUAACUGCAGCUUUGAAUACAAAUUACUUCCAAAGAAAAGCAGAAGAUCGGAAAUAUGUUUUAACUUUUGACCUUUUGCAUAACAUUUGUUUUAGAAAAACUGCCAUGAUUUUAUUUGAAAAUUACGUGUAUAAGUUUUAAAAUGGUUGGUCCCAAUUUUCCUGUUUCAGUCAUAUUACAUGUAUUACUUGCCAUGUUUGUGCUUUAUAAAGGUACAAUGUAUUGGCUGCUUAUUUUCAGUAUAUAUUUUUAUUGGUUAAAAUAUGGUGUAGUAAAUAAAAAAAGUUUUAUUUG